UACGCACGCAGUGUGUCAGUCAGUCGCGCACGUACGCCGGCGGCCGGUCCGUCUGUCGUAUCCAUCCGUGUGUCCACACACGUCUCCGUGGCCGCGAUCGUCAGUUUAUCGCCAGUCCGCGUCAACCAGCCGGCCUAGUGACCGCCGUUACGUGAAGUUACACGUUUUUAUUUUUGCCAUUUUUUCCGUCGCCGACGUCGAAUUCGAAUUGUUGUACUCGUCGCCACCCCUCGACCACCCACCAGCCGGUUUGCCGAGAACGCGACGCGACGUGUUCCUCCGAGUCCGUUUUAUGCAUUCGCUGUCGGGUUUUCCGCUCGGCGACCACUCAAACGUUGGCCGGCCCGUCACCGCGCUCGAGUCUUCCGACCGUCGCACUCGUUUCCGUCUCGGCCAGCGGCUUGUGAUCUUCGUACAAUUUUUACGCGCACCGUUCCUCCCCCGCGACGCGUUGCGUGCCGUCUCGUCUGAAAAAAUAAUAUUAUAAUAUAAUAUUAUCGCCACCUCUCCCCGACCGCCAACCUCGUACGGUUUCCGAUCAGUUCGUUUUAGCGUUUUCGAGCUUUGUGUGUACAUACGUGUCAUCAUCGCAGCACUUUCGUAUUCCGAUGAAAUGUGGUUUUUACUUUGAUAUCUACUCUUCGGUUGGUCACGAGGUCGUUGCAAGCGAUGCCGUAGCGGCGGUGCGGUGCCGGAAUGACAAACAGCCCUGGGGCCUACCAUGCCGCCGCCGCCGCCGAAAACAACCGUAACAUCGGUCACGCAGCUGCGACGUCUACGUCGACGACAGCGCAGGGACGCCGCAGUCAGACAGACGCUUCUCACUACAUCAUGCCAGCGGACCCCCACAGUUGUUGUGAUCCUGCUCCGACUGUGCUUUCGGGCGCCGGCAUAUGCCUGAUAGUGUUGGGCUAUACGAUGUUCGGUGCUUUCACGUUCAUGACGUUGGAAAACGGUGGUCGAGACAGUGUGCAAUCAAUCCGAGGCGGUCAGCACCAGCAACCACAGCCCCAACCUCAGACCCAGCAACAGCAGCAACAACAACAGCAGCAUAACCAGCCACAACAGCAUCAGCAGCAGCAACAGCAGCACCAUCAACAGCAACAGUCACAGUCGCAGUUUUUGCUAGCACGAAACGACAAGCUUAGAGCGCAGACUGUCGAAAAGCUCUGGAAGAUCACCGAAGAUCUGAACAUCCUUUACCGAGACAACUGGACCAGGCUGGCCGAAGAGGAGAUCCUCAAGUUCCAGGACUCGUUGAUCAGGAAGUACGGUGGUCCCAACCAGGUAGACCGAAGACAUCGGUGGAAUUUUGCAUCGUCGUUCCUGUACUCAUUGACGUUGAUCACCACUAUCGGUUACGGUAGUGUGACGCCGCAGACGCCGUGGGGCAGGGUGAUCACGAUCGUGUACGCGCUGAUCGGCAUACCACUCAUGUUGCUAUAUCUGUCCACGAUGGGCGAGACGCUGGCCAAGAACUUCCGGCGAAUCUACUCGAGAAUGUGUUCACCCGGAAACCGUGAAGACAGGGACGACGGCGGUGGCGGGCGAGGCAGACAGGGCGGCGGAAAGCGAGCGCCGCCCAACACGGUGUCCAGCAAUCACGUGGGCGGCGGUGACUAUUACCGUCACCGGUACGAGUUCGAAACCGUUUCGGGUGCGGCCGCCUACGCGGACGCCGCGGCCAUAACGGUGUCUGGUGGCGGUGGCGGCGGUGGGCAGAAACGCGUCCCCGUGCUGCUGUCGCUGUCUGUGGUCGCGGCGUACGUGGCGCUGGGCGCGUUCAUCUACCAAAAGCUCGAACGGUGGACGCUGCUGGAAGGCUCGUACUUCUGCUUCACAAGUUUGGGCACCAUCGGGUUCGGCGAGCUGGUGCCCGGCAGCAUCGAGUCCACCAAGGACGUGUCCGUGUUCGUGUCUUCCGGUUACAUACUGGUCGGCAUGGCCGUGGUAGCCAUGUGUUUCCAACUGCUACAGGACGAACUGGCCGCCAUGUCACGCAACUGUCGGUGGUGCUGCUGUUGGUGGUGGAUGUGGUCACAGCAGCAGCACCAGCACCAGCAGCACCAGCACAAGGACAGCAACAUGGUCGUGUGCACCGUGGCCGGCGCUGUGGACGGCGGCGGCGGCGGCUGCGACGACGACGACUGCGGUGGCGCGAUUUCUUCGGUGGUGCCUGCCCCGCACAACAACCGCGGACGACAGCCGUCUCAUCCACACAAUCACAACAACGGCGUGACCGCCGGUUCCUGACACGGGGACUUCGGGCCGCCGCCGGACGCUACGGCCGCGGCCAUCGACCUGAAGCCGUUCGCUCCACCACCUUCGCCGCCACUGCCGCCGCCACCAAAACUGCCACUUCUACCGCCGCCCGCGUUCGACGACUGCGACGACGGCGGCUGCGGCGGCGGAGGCAACGGCGGCGGUGGCCUGACGCUCCCCGCGCCCCCACCACCGUUCCAGCGGCAGUCGGCCGGCCGGUGUUCCGUGCAGCAACCGAUGAUGGGCCACCACCGGAAUCCGGCCCACUAUUCCGGCGGCGGUGGCGGCGUAGUUUCCGAGUACUUCAUACCGCGAAGCGCCAGCGCGCACGACCUGUGCUCGGCCAUCGAGAUGCAGAAGAUCCCGCCACCGCUACCGCCAUCCGCGUUGCGCACGGCCGCGGCCACGCUCGCCCGGCCGCCCCGGCAACCGGCCGCGUGUCGCGAUAAGAUGGUCACGUUCGAGGACGAGAAACGGGCGGCGUUCGACCACCACCAAUCGCAGCUACAGCACCACCGCCAGAACCAUCACAGCCACAACCAGCAACAGGAUCAGCAGCAGAAGCAUCACAGGUCCAGCGGCGAUUUGAUCGUGUAGAGAGAAGUCCCUUCUACCGAGGCGGUGUGUACAGUUAAUGUUUUAUACAUUAUUAUUUAUAUAGUUAUAUUAUGUUAAUGUUAAUGUAACUAUUAAUUAUAUUUAUAUAUAUAUAUUAUAAUAUUAUGACAUAUUAUUAUCUACCGAUUAUUAUUAUUUGUACAAUUUAUUGUCGUAAAAAAAGUUUUGUAUAACUCGCCGUGACGUGUCGCUCAUUAUAUUAUUAUAUUAUUAAUACACUUAUUAUGACAUAAAUAUUAUCAUUGUAUACAAAUCAAAUGUUCCGUCCGCCUCUGCGUGUCAGGUCAUGUCAGGCCCCUAAUAAUCGUUAUACCACAGCGUCUCUGAAACCGAGUUAACCUGGUAUAUUAUACGUUAUAAUAUAUUAUAAUUUAUUAAUUAAUAUAUUAAUUUAUAAUUAUAAUAUAUACGUAUAGCAGACGGAUCUAUCAACUCAAAAUUGUAAAGUAAUUGCAUUGCUUGUUAUGUGAAGUGUUGACAAUAAUUACAGAAGCAGAUUUUUGUUUUUUUGAAUUUUCAGUAAAUGUGAAAUACUUAAUUUCAACACUUUUGGGCUGACGAUUAACGACGAUACUGCGAUGUUGUGCGUAAAUCAUGACGUGAGCGAUAUUUUAAGGCAGAGGUCGCGGAACUCGAUGAACCAUGUAAUAAAUAUAAUAUAUUAUAUUGUACUACUAUUGUUAAACGCGUAUAAUAUUAUAAUAUAUACAAUAUACAUAAAAACUACGUACGCCGAUUUUGGUCGGUACCGUUUGGAAAUUCGUCUGUUCGGAUUUCCGUUUGUUUGUUUGUUUGUUUUUUUUUUUUUUAACGUUCCAAACUGUUUAUUGAUACAUUAGUGUUAUUGAGAAUAAUAAUAAUAUAAUAUAUGAAUCCAAAGCGUA